AUGUUCGGGACGCUAUCACAGGACCAUUCUACCCAGGCUUCCUACAUUGUCCAGGUCACCGAUCCUCCAUUUCAGACAGACCGCAAUGCAAGAACCCCUCACUUGGCCUGCAUGGCCUGUCGAACCAAAAAGGUGAGCCCUCAGCCUACGCCACUGCAGCGUCCUCGGUUAACAGAAGCCCUCCAGCUCAAGUGCUCGGGGGAAAAGACGGGCUGUCAACGGUGUCAGAUGAAGAAUCUGUCCUGUGUCUUCCCAGAUCAAUCUGCCUCUCGCUCGGCCAGGAAGCAACGCAGCAAGCGUUCCGAGUCCGCUGUGUCAGAUACCUCCCAUCAUCCGACGAACAGCAGCGCCAGCGGCAGACAAGGGUCCCCAGAACCACGUAACCAGGAGGUACAAGCGCCCAGUCACAUACAUGUGGGCGAAGAAGAGAUGGACGGGGAUGUAUUUCUUGACCUACCCGAUUUCUACGAUACGGGCUUGUCCUCUACUCCAGACGCAGAGGAUAUAUCCCAGUUAGAGGCUCCCCUGGAUCUGAGCACUGCUCUACCAACCGGCUCUCUAUCGACCAGCCUGGAAGGCCCUCUCAGCCACGGGCAACCCAAUUUCCCCGGACUGCCAGCCUGCAUUGACCUCGACAGCAAUAUCCUUCCUGCAUUCUCAAUUCCUGGAAUAGAACGCGCCUCCACUUCCCCUUCCAACCAAUGUCACUGCCCCAGCCAAGCCCUCGCUCUGUAUGAGCGCACUCAAAUUCUUUACAACCGACUUGACGCAACACCUCGCUCGACGAUAAAUAGCCAUGACACCCGGGAUACACUCCAUCGAAGCAAGGAGAUAAUCUAUCAAUGUGAAAAUCUAACAGAAUGCGCCCUAACGGGUUUCUCUCACCGUAGUAGCCUGGAGCCCGUGACACAUAGGGCACCAAUGACCUUCCAUCACAGUUUGGGAUCAGAUGACUUGGAAGACGAGAUCCAGGUGCUCAAGACAUUACUAACGUUAAGAAUGCAAGCUACUGCUAAGCUUCUGGCAAAAUUACAAAACAUCAUUGACGUUGGGGGGUGGCGCGAGCAUCGCGAGUUGCUGGACAGGGUGUCGGCGCUGCAUCAGGCCGCCGCAGCCAGUAUUCAUCGAAUGGGGGGAAGGGAGAGAUGA